CAUGAAGUGCCCAUCAGAGAGCCAAGAUCUCUCCAGCGAGACACACCUGCCUUUCAGCCUGGCCUGCAAAGCAACAGCUGGAGGAGGAAUUCACAGAAGGCUAAAAGGGACUUGGAGGUUCAUCUUAUCUUCCUGGACCCAGGAGGAGACUGUGAAGGCUAAGAUGCAGGUGCUGUGCAUGCAGCCGAUGCACAGUUUGUGAGCUCCAGACGUGGUCUACCUGCCAAGAAGCUUCCACCCGCCUGCAUCAUUCUGCAACUGUACCCUUGGUGGGUGCAUCCCUUGGUGUCUUCUUGAUGGCUCCUCCUUCCUCCAGCUUCCAGGGCAAGGGCAGGCCCCUGGCCACUCUAGCCCUCCUCUGGACCUGUGCGGCUUGGGUCGAGGCAAGACCUGGCUGCCCUUCCUGCCGGAUGCCCCCUCUAGAGCCAAGCGCCGAGAAGGCCUUCCUGGUGGAAGUAGCCAAGCAGCAGAUCCUGCAAAAACUCAACCUGAGCCAGAGGCCCAACAUCACCCACCCUGUGCCACGUGCUGCUAUUGCCAAUGCGCUGCGUCGUCUGCACUUGGGCAAAGGCCGGAUGGAUGGAAGUAGUCAAUCAUCUGAAUGGGAGAAGCCGCAGCCUGAUGAGCAAGGGUAUGAGAUCAUCAGUUUUGCAGAGACAGAUCCUUCUGGGCUGCUACAGUUCCAGCUUACCCAAACAAAAGACCAAGACAUGCACAUCCUCGAGGCCCAGCUGUGGCUGUAUAUCAAGGCCCAUCGAAACAUCACAAUACAGAUCUACUUGGCAGGGCAUCAGCGAGUGCCCUUAGUGGAGCAGCAGCUGGGGAGCAAGGGCAGUGGCUGGCACACCUUCUCCCUCAUGCCAGCCAUGCAGAACUUAUUUGAGAGCAAGGAUGAAACCCUCCAUUUAGAGCUGCAGUGCAAAGGCUGCCAUCUCAAUGUCACAGCCUUGGUGACUACCACUGGCAGCUCCCACCAGUCCUUCCUGGUGGUGAAAGCCAAGUUGCAGAAGCCGGGCCACCGAAUCACCAAGCGCAACCUAAGUUGUGACCAAAACUCUGACGUUUGCUGCCGAAAAGACUAUUACGUUGACUUCCGGGACAUUGGCUGGAAUGACUGGAUCUUUAAGCCUGAGGGUUAUCAGAUAAACUAUUGCAUGGGUGAAUGCCCCAUGCACCUGGCUGGCACGCCUGGCAUUGCAGCCUCCUUCCACACCACUGUCUUCAAUUUGGUCAAAGCCAACAACAUCCAGACUGCUGGCCGUUCUUGCUGUGUCCCCACCCAGCGACGGGCCCUUUCUCUGCUCUACUUUGACCCCAAUAGCAACCUCAUCAAGACUGAUAUUCCCGACAUGGUUGUCGACGCUUGUGGUUGCAGCUAAGGGCAGGACUGUAGCCAUGGGGAAAAGCUGAAAGGGCCAGAGAGAGCGAGAAGUGAGUUGCAGGCCAUCCACUCCUGGUGGACACCCAGACAGGACAGUCAUGAAUGAUGAUGCUCCUGUCUAAGCUAUAGUGUGGGCAUGGUGUGGACGCUUUUCAGAGAGCAACAGUGGUUUCUGUAGAGAAAAGCAGAUUGCAGCAGGAUUCCACUCCUCCUGCCUUAUUCCCUACAUACACAUUCACUGUAAAGCACACAGAGAAUGCUCAGCAGGGCUGCCAACAGGUUACUGUUGGGUUCCUAUUCAGGCUCCCCCUCUGGAGGUUACUGUUUUAUAGCCUCUUUGAAUUCUGCCCCCUUCCUGAGUAGAUUCACGUGAUCCCUUCCUCUCCUCCCUCUGUGGUCCUGAGCAAAACUCAGAACAUUUAGUUUUUUGGCCACAUUGGCCAUUCUGGCUAGGGAAUUCUGGGAGCUGUAGUCCAAAAAACAAAUGUUUCAAUCUGUACCCUGGGGUUAGAUAAAUUACCAGCCAAGGAAACGUUAGCAAAAUACCCCCUACAGUAAUGCGGAGAAGUUUAUAGACCAGGAUACAUAUGCUUGCCUCAAUUCAUUCUCUGCAUUUUUUAUACAUUCAACAGAAUUCUACAGUACAACAAAAUGGAAAUAAGAGUUAAUAACACAAACCUGUUCAGAUCUGACCAAUUCGGUAUAAUGGGAAAUGAAUGCUGUGUACUUUGUCUUAAAGAUAAAUCUCAAUUUUGCAUAUUGUUAAGAUUUGCAUUAAUACUCCCCUCAUUUUUACCAUCUUAUUUUUUUGCGUUCUUUGUCUCCAAAUGGACUGGGCAGUGUACACUUGGAGAGGAUUACACUGGGUGUGCACAAGAAUCCCAUCCAGCUGGAGUCGCUAACACUGAACAGGCUCUCAUUGUGCAUUUUGUAUUUGUGUGUGUAUGUGUGUUGUGCUUAUGUUAAUAUAUCUAUAUUAUUUUAUAUUUUGGCAUGAUAUCAAAAAUAAAAAAUUGUUUAAAAGGGGAAAAAUCU